AUGCUGCCGAUAAUAUGGCAUAUUUUGAUACCAUAUGAAAAUUUUGUCCGUGUUGAACAAAUAGCGAGUGGUUCUUUCAGUACUACUUAUUUAGGUUAUUGGCUUGAAGGUCCUCGAUGGGUAUGGGAUGAAGAGAGUGAAAGUUGGCUUAGGAAUGGACCGACAAGAUGUGCUCUAAAAAAAAUAGGUAGUUCUAGUGAAAUAAGUAGUGCCUAUUUAAAUAAUAUGUAUUUUCUGUUAUCGUGUCGUUUAAGUCCGAUCACAGCAUUUUUAAUGGUAGGAGAUAUUGUUGAUAUGCUUUGGAGAGUUGUUAAUGGCCUUGAACGAAUUCAUGAUCAUGGACUUUAUCAUGGUAAUCUUCAUGGCGGUAAUUUAUUAGUGGAAAAUGAACCUGAAUCUAUUGAUAUAAGAAUUGCCGAUGUUGGGUUACACGGUCCUCCUUCCAGAGAAAUAAAUUCUAUAAAUUAUGGCGUUCUGCCAUUUAUUGCUCCUGAAGUUUUAAAAGUUACAAUGUGGAUGCUAUCAACUUGUAUACGUCCUUUCUGUCAAGCCCCUCAUGAUUCUGAGCUUGCUUUGAAAAUAUGUAAUGGUUAUCGUCCAGAGAUAGUAGAUGGUACUCCGGAAGUAUUUUCAACUUUAAUGAAAAGAUGUUGGGACAAUGAUCCAAAUAAACGCCCGAAGGCUAGUGAAUUAAGUGAAAUUUUAAGAUCUUGGGUAACAGCAAUUUGCGAUGAUCCAGACCCAUCUCAAAUUUCAGAACAGUUCGAUGCUGCUGAAGAAAAAAAGUU